AUGUCAGACCGUGCGCUCUCGAGAAAGAGCUGUCCAAUUUCUUUUUCAGUCCGGUCCCCGCCUAUAUCUAUCGCCACAACUUUGCCGACAGACGUGUUUGCAUUCCUUGUAUGGAAAGAUCGUGGAGGACGAACACGCGUCCAUCAACCGGACUGCCAGUGCCCUUUACGUCUUGCUCAUGGAGUAGUAAGACUCUCUAGUUUAUAAUAGGCAAAUUGAGAUCAAUUUACUAAAAGUUUUUUUCUUGCUGUUAGUACAACGCAAAAUCUUAAACGUUGAUAAAACGGCUUCCAAAUGGCUCUAGAGGCGAAGAGACAGUAAAUAACAAAACACAAACACAAGGUAAGUGAUUUUUAUUUCUAUUUUUGUCCAAAACUGGAAUUUAAGACGUACUUUGUUUAUUUUCAUACAUUCUCUUAUAAAUUCAAAGUCCAACAAAAUCCUACAGAGUUUGGGCUGCCUGUGAAAGAUCUAUGAUUUAUAUCCUCGCGAGGGAUCAAGCUGUCUUGAAGUCCCUGUUUUUCGCAGCAGAUCGGGCAGUUGAUUUGUUAGGCUUGAAAGCGGUUGAUAUCCUGCUCUUUCCAGACAAGUCAGGAUUUUUGAUCAACCAUAUUUGGACUAAAUCUUUAUGAUCGUGCGUAAUGAUUUUGCUUUUAGGCCAUCCUCUUUUUUUUCUCCGUUUAGUGUCGUCCGAUCGACCCAAAUUUUUGGCAUUUUCAAAAAAAAAAAAAAAGUAACGACGUAGCUAAACCAUUUUUCACUUGAAAUAAUUCUUUUAAUCUGAAAAAUGAGCAUGGUAACAGCAUAGAGCGGAAAAACAGAAACUAAAGAGGAACAUUUUUGGCAGUAUAUUAGGGUACCAGGGCCUCCUAUUCCGAGACUCACGGUGACCUUUUUUUUUUUCAAUCCGACCGACCGAUCCAACAUCAGGAAACACAUUCGACGCCAAACGAAUUUUUUCACUUGAAAUAAUUCUUUUAAUCUGAAAAAUGAACAUGGUAACAGCAUAGAGCGGAAAAACAGGAAAAAAAAAGAGGAACAUUUUUUGCAGUAUUUUAGGGUACCAGGGCCUCCUAUUCCGAGACUCACUGUGAUUUUUUUGAUUUUUUGUCAAUCCGACCGACCGAUCCAACGUCAGGAAACACAUUCGACGCCAAACGAAAAAGAAAGGAGGAGUGGCCUUAGAAGGGGUGAAAACGCAGUUAUAUGCCCCGUUAAAAGUCUGAAAUUGUAUUUCAAUAUUUGUAGGCUCCUCAGAAUAGAAUUACAGUCAGGGUAUCUCUUUCGUUCUGUAAAAAAAGGGGGAAAAUUUCUUUUAAGGCUCUAGAGCCACAGGCAGCCUAGGCUAGAUUAAAUGAGUAUACAAAUGCAGAAUUUGUGCGAGAUAAAUUACAUGUAACCAGUGAUCGUUUUACCCUUCAUGGUUUUCGGAGAGGUGCGGGGAUUUCGUUAGCUCUUGCUGGGGUCUCCUUGCAUGAGAUUAUGGAUCAUGUUGGCCGGGAAAACAGGAGGACAGCCCUACAUUAUAUUAAGCUAAAACAGGUGGUAAAUCCAGCAAGAGCUGCAGCGCAGCCAGAUUUAGAUUGUGGCAUCGGCACAACCUACAUGCGCCUUAAUAAUCUGGAGGGGUUCUCUCCAGUAUUCUAG